AUGGGGAGCAGAGUCUAUCUGAAUCAGAUCCCAGAUUUCCUGGGCCUUUCACGGUGCCAGGCCGUCUCCUUUUCUGGAACUAUCCAAGGGGGUCUCCAGGACGGACUUCAGAUCACUGUCAAUGGGACUGUUCUCAGCUCCAGUGGAAGCAGGUUUGCUGUGGACUUUCAGACCGGCUUCAGUGGAAACGACCUUGCCUUCCACUUCAACCCUCAGUUUGAAGAGGGAGGGUACGUGGUGUGCAACACAAGGCAGAAAGGAAGCUGGGCACCUGAGGAGAGGAAGAUGCACAUUCUGUCCCAGCAGGGGAUGCCCUUUGACCUCUGCUUCCUGGUGCAGAGCUCAAAUUUCAAGGUGAUGGUGAACGGGAGCCUCUUCGUGCAGUAUUUCCACCGCGUGCCCUUCCACCGUGUGGACACCAUCUCCGUCAAUGGCUCUGUGCAGCUGUCCUACAUCAGCUUCCAGCCUCCCGGCGUGCGGCCUGCCAACCCGGCUCCCAUUAUCCAGACAGUCAUCCACACGGUGCAGAGCACCCCUGGACAGAUGUUCUCUACUCCCGCCCUCCCACCUGUGAUGUACCCCCACUCUGCCUAUCUGAUGCCUUUUGUCACCACCAUUUCGGGAGGGCUGUACCCAUCCAAGUCUGUCAUCCUGUCGGGCACUGUCCUGCCCAGUGCUCAGAGGUUCCACAUCAACCUGUGCUCUGGGAGCCACAACGCCUUCCACCUGAAUCCCUGUUUUGAUGAGAACGCUGUGGUCUGCAACAACCAGAUCAACAGCUCUUGGGGGUCUAACAAGAGGGGCACAGCUGGGGAGAGGGGAGGAGUGGGCAGUGAAGACAAAGCCCCACGCUCAUUCCCCUCCCAUCCCCCACGCAGCUCCACCCCAGUCCCAAGCCACCAGCUGUCCACUCCUGGUGGGAGGUGA